AAACCCCCCAACCAAAACAUGAAAUAAAAAAUAAUCAACACUCACUGCUGCACAAGAUAUUUUAUUCUUCUGCAUCUUGUUCACAUGAAUUGCCUCCAUUAUCUUCCCAGAUGUUCUGUUUUACCUUUACAAGGAUCCAAAUGUCACCACAUCAGGAAGUUUUCUUUUAAUCCAGUGGGAAUCAUGAGUCGGAUUCAUCUUCGUCCGACAACUAUUACUGUAAAGGCAAUUUCUGGGUCUGCGUCUAGUGCUGACACAAGCGAUGCAGAUGUAAAGGAUGAGGAGGAGAAGUCAGAGGUCUACAGUCAUAACAUGACAGAAGCUAUGGGUGCUGUUUUGACCUAUAGGCAUGAACUAGGAAUGAACUACAACUUUAUUCGUCCAGAUUUGAUUGUUGGGUCAUGCCUACAGUCUCCUGAAGAUGUUGACAAGCUGCGGAAAAUAGGAGUAAAAACCAUAUUUUGCUUGCAACAAGAUUCAGACUUGGAAUAUUUUGGGGUAGAUAUCAAUGCCAUUCGGGAUUAUGCUGAAAAAUGUGGCGACAUUCAACAUGUGCGUGCAGAGAUCAGGGAUUUUGAUGCAUUUGAUUUACGUAUACGACUUCCAGCAGUAAUUAGUAUAUUGAACAGAGCCAUAAAUAAAAAUGGAGGUGUAACAUAUAUACAUUGCACUGCUGGACUUGGAAGAGCUCCUGCUGCUGCGUUGGCAUAUAUGUUCUGGGUUCAGGGCUACAAACUUAGUGAUGCACGUGAUUUGCUUCUGAGCAAGCGACCUUGCUUCCCUAAGCUUGAUGCUAUAAAAAGUGCAACUGCUGAUAUACUUACAGGUCUCAGGAGGAGGCUUGUUACUCUUACAUGGAAAGAUGUCAAAUGCUCCACAGUAGAAAUUUCUGGACUUGAUAUUGGAUGGGGUCAGAGAAUACCUUUAAAAUUUGACGAGGAACAGGCUUCAUGGAUACUGAGGAGGGAAAUAAUGGAAGGCCGCUAUGAAUACAAAUACAUUAUAGACGGGGAAUGGACAUAUAAUGAACAUGAACCAGUUACCUCUCCCAACAAAGAUGGGCAUGUCAACAAUUUUGUUCAGGUUCUGAGUGAUGACACAGACAGUAUUAGCACAGCUAUACGUACAAGAUUGACCGGUGAGGACCCAAAUCUAACCAGCGAUGAACGGUUGAAAAUAAGAGAAUUUCUUGAAACCUCUCCAGAAGAUGCUCUGUAAACUGGAAAGGUAAGGCAUAGAAGUUUGUAUGUAAAAUGUAAUGAAUUUGUUGUUAAAGUCCAUAUAUUAUUCAUUAUGAAAUCACAGGUAAUAAUAGAUAGGUAAACCGGUAAAUGGCUAAAUCCGUUUUCAAUAAGCUAACAUCAUGAUAUUUGACUCAACUCGGCUUUUGCUGUACUAUUAUUAUCUCUUACUUUUCCAUUUGUACUAUAUUUUUUAAAGGGAAAGGGGUCAAAUAUGCUUUCUAUA